UCAUUUAUUAAUUUAUUCAUGUCACAGACAUUUAUUAGUGCCUUCCAGAGAUCCAACCCUCCUCGCGGAUUCUAGGGUUUGAGAACUAGAAAGGGAUAAGGCCAAGAGGAUGGCGCUGAGAUAUGUUUGGGCAGAGUGGGCAGGGCAUAAGCACAGUCUCAAAGCUCCCGGGCCCCAGACCCCACCACUCCCCAGAGCAAAUCUGGCGGUCUCGCGUUCCAGUUAGCAAAGUUCGUCAGGCCCCGCCCCCACCUCCAACAUUGACGCAGACAGGCGCCUGGGGGCGCUCAAGACGCGGCCGUGCGAGUGACGUCAUCAGAGGCGGUCGAGCCCGGGCUACAGAGGCCCCGGCGUGCCGUGACGUCGUUGACUUGUCCGAAGUUUCCUCACGUGUACUUCCAGCUUUACUCCCGGCCCCUUGGUCUGGCUGUUAGGUGCCAUGGGUCGCUCUCGCCGGACUGGAGCGCACCGAACGCACUCCCUAGCCCGCCAGAUGAAGGCGAAGCGGCGGAAGCCGGACCUGGAUGAGAUUCACCGCGACCUGCGUCCUCAGGUUCCCACACGGCCCCUGUCCAACCCGGACGCUGAACCCGACCCUGACCUGCCAGGGGGCGGCCUACAUCGCUGUCUGGCCUGCGCGAGGUACUUCAUCGAUUCUGCCAACCUGAAGACCCACUUCCGAUCCAAAGACCACAAGAAAAGGUAUGAAGGAAUAAGGAGAAGAUUGAUGGAUGGGUGCUCCGCAGGCAGGCCUCGCACCUGGUCAGCUCCCAACUCCUGUUCUUCUUUCCCCCAGGUUGAAGCAGCUGAGUAUCGAGCCCUACAGUCAGGAAGAGGCAGAGAGAGCAGCGGGUAUGGGUUCCUAUGUGUCCCCCAAGAGACUUGCAGUGCCGACAGAAGUGUCCACUGAUGUCCCUGAGAUGGACACAUCUACCUGACAUGGCCCAGGGAUGCAAGGCAGAUGAGCUGCCCAUGGACAGUGAUGCAAGGACUAGGCUAGGAAAAUGUGCCAAUUUAUUUUAUCCUUUGGGUUUGGGGAGUGAAUGGCCUCUUUUGGGUGCCCUUCCCCCAAUAAAGGAACUGGACAAAGAG